UUAAAACUAUACUUGAAACAGACAGAAGGAUCUGUUUGCAGAAAUGGACCCAGAUUCCUCUGAGGCACAGAGGACUCAGGUGGACACCAGAGGGAGGCCACUGGGUGACCGGAGGAUGCCCCCCAGACCUCCUCAUCCAUCUUUUCAUGAGAACGGAGGAGAAGCAGCAGCUGUGGAAACAGAUCUGGGUCCUCUGUGCUUUGAAGAUGUCGCUGUGUAUUUCACAGAGGAGGAGUGGGCGUUGCUGGAUCCUGACCAGAGAGCUCUGCAUAAGGAAGUCAUGGAGGAGAAUCGUAGGAUUGUGGACUCUCUCAGUGGUGAUGGAUUGGAAAUUAUGAACAAGGGGAACCGUGACAACAUUCACACAGUGGGGAAGUUGUAUAAAUAUUUGGAGUGUGGAGAGAGUUAUAGUCUGAGCUCCCAUUCUACUUCCCAUAAAAUAUAUCCUAUUGGGAAAAAUAAUGGGAACUUGGAAGAUAGUAAGACAUUUCGUCAGAAGACAUUUCGCACUUUCCCUAAAAGAAGUCACAGCAGGGAGAAACCCCAUCAGUGUUUGGAAUGUGGGAAGAGGUUCAGUCACAGGGCUGUGCUCAAGGCCCAUCAAAGAAGUCAUACAGGAGAGAAACCAUAUCAGUGCUUGGAAUGUGGGAAGAGCUUCAGGCGGAAAGCUAAUCUCAUAGCUCAUCAAAGCAUUCAUACAGGGGAGAAACCAUAUCAGUGCUUGGAGUGUGGGAAGAGCUUCAGGGAGAAAGCUAAGCUCACAGCUCAUCAAAGCAUUCAUACAGGGGAGAAACCAUAUCAGUGCUUGGAGUGUGGGAAGAGCUUCAGGGAGAAAGCUAAGCUCACAGCUCAUCAAAGCAUUCAUACAGGGGAGAAAUCAUAUAAGUGCUUGGAAUGUGGAAAGAGCUUCACGAGCAAGAAUAGUCUCACUUCCCAUCAAAGUAUUCAUACAGGGGAGAAGCCACAUAAGUGCUUGGAAUGUGGAAAGAGCUUCAGUUACAGGGCUACGCUCAAGGCCCAUCAAAGAAUUCAUACAGGGGAGGAACUAUAUCAGUGCUUGGAAUGUGCAAAGAGCUUCAGGCAGAAAGCUAAGCUCACAGAUCAUCAAAGAAUUCAUACAGGGGAGAAACCAUAUCAGUGCUUGGAAUGUGCAAAGAGCUUCAGGCACAAAGCUACUCUCACAGCUCAUCAAAUAAUUCAUACAGGGGAGAAACCAUAUCAGUGCUUGGAAUGUGCAAAGAGCUUCAGGCAGAAAGCUAAUCUCACAGCUCAUCAAAGAAUUCAUACAGGGGAGAAACCAUAUCAGUGCUUAGAAUGUGGGAAGAGCUUCAGUCAAAAGCAUAGUCUCACUUCCCAUCAAAGAAUUCAUACAGGGGAGAAACCAUAUCAGUGCUUGGAAUGUGGAAAGAGCUUCAAAUGGAAGAAAAGUCUCACUUACCAUCAAGGAACUCACAGCAGGGAGAAUCAUGUUAUUUGAAGAUGGGUCUCAUAUGUCCUCUCAAUCUCCUCUUUUCCAGUCUAAGCCUACCCAGCUCCUUCUAUCGUUCCUUAAAAGGCUUGGUUUCCAAAUGCCUGAUUAUAUUGGUCACCAUUCUCUGCACAGAUUCCAACUUCUCAAUAUCCUCCUUUGAUUGUGACAUCCGGAAUUGAGCACAGGACUCCAGGUGUGGUCUGACCAAGGCAGAAAGGAACAUAGUAUUACUUCCCAUAACCUGGAUAUUAGACGUCUGUUGAUAUAGCCUAAAACAGCAUUAGCUUAUUUUGCUACUGACUCACCUUGUUGACUCAUGUUAAGCUUUAGGUGUCCUAAGACCCUUAGAUCCUUUUCACAUGUGCUGCUGGCAAGCAUGGUGUUUCCCAUAGAAUCAUAGAAUUGUCGAGGUCUAAUGGUCUUAGUGGACCACAAGCUAAACAUGAUUCAAUCGUCUGAUGGCAUCCAGUAUGGAAUGUGUGCCUCCGUUUUUUAGCAUUUUUAGUUGUCUAAAAAUGCUGAAUGCUAGAUGACACAACCUUGAUGGCAGAAAGUGAGGAGGAAUUAAGGAACCUUUUAAUGAGGGUGAAAGAGGAGAGCGCAAAAUAUGGU